AUGCGCUUUGACUUUCUGGACAAAGACAUCAUGUUUGUCAGAGAUUGGGGUGUUCUAGAACCAGAUAGGGGACCCGAACCAGGAUCGCGAUGGACGGUCGUGUUUGAUGGUGCCUCUAAUGCUCAAGGAAAUGGAAUAGGGGCAAUCAUCUCCUCCCCAACUGGAUUUCAUCUCCCUUUCACUAUAAUAUUAUGUUUCGAUUGCACCAACAAUAUGGCGGAGUAUGAAGCAUGGAUCUUUGGUUUGGAAGCGGCUAUUGACUUAAAGAUCAAAAUCUUAGAAGUCUACGUAGAUUCUGUGUUGGUAAUCAGCCAAAACAGAGGAGAUUGGGAAGUUCGCGAUCCCAAGUUGAUCCCCUACAAAGAACAUGUCUCGAAGCUAAUCCCAUAUUUUGAUGCAGUUACAUUCCAUCAUAUUCCCCGAGCGAAAAAUCAAUUGGCAGAUGCUUUGGCUACCUUGGAUUCUAUGUUUAAGGUCAAAUGGAAGAAUGAAGCACCUUAUUUCCACAUUGACUACUUGGAUGAGCCAGCAUACUGUUUAAGGGCUGAAGAAGAAUCAGACGGCCACCCCUAG